AUGAUGGUGUGUGAGCAAGAGAAGAGAUUUCCUGUCAAUUCUAACGACUACGAAUUAUUUGAGGGAAUUGGUGAAGGUGUCAGUGCUACUGUCUACAGGGCUCUCUGUGUCCCGCUAAAUGAAAUAGUUGCUAUCAAGAUUUUGGACCUCGAGAAAUGCAGCAGUGAUCUGGAUGGGGUCCGACGUGAAGUACGAACAAUGAGUUUGGUUGAUCAUCCAAAUGUACUACAUGCACAUUGCUCUUUUACCUCAGGUCACAUGCUUUGGGUUGUGAUGCCUUUCAUGGCCGGAGGGUCUUGUCUUCAUAUAAUGAAAUCUGCUUAUCCAGAGGGCUUUGAUGAGCCAACUAUUGCCACUCUUCUACGUGAGGUUCUUAAAGCUCUCGUUUAUCUCCAUGGUCAUGGACAUAUCCAUAGAGAUGUUAAGGCUGGAAAUGUCUUAAUUAAUUCUGAUGGUACUGUUAAGCUAGCGGACUUUGGAGUGUCGGCUUGCAUGUUUGAUACUGGGGAUAGGCAACGCUCUCAAAAUACAUUUGCAGGAACUCCAUGCUGGAUGGCUCCUGAAGUAAUGCAGCAAUUAAAUGGAUAUAAUUUUAAAGCAGAUAUUUGGUCAUUUGGCAUAACAGCACUGGAACUAGCACAUGGUCAUGCCCCAUUUUCUAAGUAUCCUCCAAUGAAGGUGUUGCUUAUGGCCUUGCAAAAUUCACCACCUGGUUUUGAUUAUGAAAGGGACAAGAGAUUUACAAAGACUUUUAAAGAUAUGGUAGCUACUUGCCUAGUGAAAGAUCCGAAGAAGCGACCUUCGUCAGAAAAACUUUUGAAGCAUGCUUUCUUCAAAAACACUCAUUCAAAAGAAUAUCUAGUGAGAACUAUUCUGGAUGGCCUUCCUCCUCUUGGUGAUCGUUUUAGGCUACUAAAGAACAAGGCUGUGUGUGGAGGUAAAGAGCAAUUAUCACAGCAGUACAUUCGAGGAAUCAGUGGUUGGAAUUUUGAUCUGGAAGAAUUGAAAACUCAGCCCUCUCUUAUUAAGUUGCCCAAUGAUAAUUCAGAAGAUCUGGACAUGAAUCGCAAGUUGAAGCAUGGAGAUGAUGAGGAUUAUGCACGACAGACUCUGUCAACUGAAAGGAUUAGCCAUGAUAGCAAUGCAAGUUCAAGAGAAGAUGGGCGUCAAGAUUUUCAGGAAUUGGGGGGUCUAUUUGCCUCUUCAUUUUCACUUUGUCCUCUUCAGGCAUUAGAAGGUUAUUUUGAUGUUUACAAGGAUGAUGACAAUUCUGGGCCUUCUAAUAGGAAUGAUGUUACACAGUCAAAUGCAGAAUCAGUAAUCCCAUGGGAACCAUUAUCACAGGUGGAAGAUCACAAAACAGGCAAGAGCAGUGGUAGAAAUGUGGAAAGAAAAAAUCCUGCAUUCCAGAAUAUUGAUGUUCUUGGAUGCCAGAAGUUUUUAAGUGGUUCUCUUCUACCAGAACGUGUUCUUUUGCUUCGCAAGAAUACUGAGAUGGAUGCAGAAAGGGAACAAAAUUAUAAAUGUGAAAGAAAUUAUAGUGGUCCUCUAUCAUACCGCCAUAUGAGAGGUUUCCAUGACCAUACAUCAACAACCAUGCAUGAUGAAUCAUCUGGAGGACUUGUCAUCCAAUGUAAGGGGCGUUUCAGGGUUACUUCGUCGGAUGCUGGCUUGAAGCAUCAGGAGUCUCACUGAAGAGCUGCAAAUAUUAAACACGAAAAACAGUCAGCUGGAGCAGAAACUGAAGACCUUGUUCAAGAAGGGUGAGAAUGAGAAGAUGUAGUAUGAGAACACAACAGCAAGAGGUGAUAUAUUCUGCGCAUUAGUUAUAUGACAGGUCAAAUAGAGUUUGUGAUGGAAUUGGGUACUGUCACUUGCACUAGGUUCUUUCCCUGUGAUAUUUUUGUAUAAUCAAAAUAUGGGGGUCGCAUAUACUCCCAAUUUUGACUGUUCUCUCUCAAAUACUCUCUUGUUGUGAACUUAUGUUUAUCUUGUGUAUACAAAUAUUUAUUUAUAUAUUUUUUUUGAUAAAAUGGGAGGCCACCGAGCCUUUAUUAGGAUUCAGAAAAA